AGUGUCUCUCUCAUCUGACUUUUUCUCUUCAUAGCAGCCUCCCUGCAGGACAACACUUUUGUCAGUCCUGCUUUUGCUGUGGUAUCCAGUUGACUGUCAUUUGGCUUCUAAUCAUGUCUGUUCAGUUUUGUUUAGCGCUGCUGGCUCUCUCCUCACUGACAGCUGCGUCUGAUCCAGGCUGUGAAGAGCUGCUUAAAAUUCUGGAGGAUCGAAGCAAGCUUCAUGGAAAAUGGAUAUACUAUGCUGGAGUAUCUGCCACUGAAGGGAUCAAUUAUCUCAAAAGCAUCCAGAGCUCCUGGAUCGAACUCUCACCCAUACCUGACAGUGACGAUAUGACCCUGCGCUAUGGAGACAAAAUGGAUGGAAAAUGUGUUUAUGGAAGCGUUAAUGCCACCUUCUCAGGAAACUCUACCGCCGUGACAUUUUACUAUAACUCGACCACCCAUGAGCAUGUUGGGAAGCACCUGGUGACUUGCCCUGACUGCAUCCUCUGGACAGACAACUCAGUGGGCAGUGGGGAAACCAAAAGAGGCAGAAACAUCUACAUCUUCACCCACUGUUACAGAACACUUCCCCCAGUUCCUUUGCAGAGGCUCUGGCUGGCAGGAUCCCUGACAUUAGCGUUGCUCUCCGGCUGCCUGCUGUCUCAAGCCAUGGCUGCACAGCUGGUUGUAGCUCUGCUGGCUCUCACCUCCCUGGGUGCCGCAUCUGAACCGGACUGUAAAGAGCUGGUUAAGCCUCUGGUACUGGACAGCCACAGCCCUAUCUAUGGGAAGUGGGUGCUUCAUGUGGGGUCGUGGGACCAACCUGGGCUGAAGAACGACCUGGUGUCGGUGAGCAGCUCCUGGGUGGAACUGUCGGCUUCCUCAGACAAUGGAGUCAUGACCAUCUACUGGGCCGACCGCCUAAAUGAUAAAUGCCUGCAGGGUUUAGCCAACGCCACCAUUUCAGGAAUGACCAGUCACACCACUUUUAAUAUUAAUGGCCACACUUCAUAUCAUGAUGGGAGGUACUAUGAGACCUGCAGCGACUGCCUGCUGUCUGAAGACACCACCCUGCUCCCUGACGGCAAGUCAAAAGGACGAUACCUGUUCCUGUUUACACGAACCGGCACUCUGGAGCCCUCUGAGUUAGAGACCUUUAAGAAACAGGCAGAAUGUCUUAAAUUCCUCCCGGAGUACCACUAUGGAGGCACAGAUCUGUGUCCAGAUGACAGGGAAACGGCUUCAUCUGCUGCGGAGAAAGCAGAGAAUGAUCAGACGGAGACUCAGUCGACUACAGUGUAAAGUAGAGCACCGAGAAGUCACAGCUCUGCGAACAGUCACAACACAUCCAAGCAAAUCCAGCAUAACAUGUACUAAAUAAUGUCAUAAUGUGAUCUGUACAUGCACUGAUGUAAUGUUGUGCUGUAGAAUAACUAUUUAGUCACAUGGUUUAGGCAGCAACAGAGUUCAAGACCUGCUGGUUUCAUGUCAUGUAAAAUCAAGUGUAGUCUGAGGAGUUCAAAUCUGACAUCUGGAGGUUGAAAAAUCCAUCUGAACACCUCGAUUAAAUUUACUCAGUGAUAUUUGUAUAUAACGUUUCCACUGCCUGUGGUAAAUAAAAUAAAAAGUUCUCACUCUG